UUUCGCUUCAUCUCUUUGCCCACCACCACCCUCUUUCACUUCCAAAAACCCUUUUUCCCCUUUCCCUCAUUCCCUUCUCAUGUGGCCACCGUGGUUGAACUCACCCAGCCGGUUCCGAAACACUCCACCGCCGUCACCGUCGCCGCCGCAUUCUCGAUCUCGCUCUUUCAGCUUCUCUUGCUCUUCCUUCAAAGACAUUCAAAGCCUCCUCCAAGACAAACCCGAUCCGGAACCCGCUUGCCCCAAAUCCCCCUCCCUCUUUCGCCGCGUCCGCAUCUCCACCGCCGUCCUCCGCGCGUGGGGCGCCUCACGCGCCUCCGUCCCCGCCGCAUUGCCUCCCGGCCUCGACCAAGGCGUCAUCGUCUACUACACCAGCCUCCGCGUCGUUCGCCGCACCUUCGACGACUGCAGAGCCGUCCGAUCCAUCCUCCGAGGCUUCCGCGUCGCCGUGGACGAGCGCGAUGUGUCUAUGGACGACCGAUUCCUCGACGAACUCCACAAAACCCUCGGUCGCCGGAACGUGACGCUGCCUAGGGUUUUCGUCGGCGGCGUAUACGUCGGCGGCGCCGACGACGUCCGGCAGCUCCAUGAGAGCGGCGAAUUUCAGCGCUUGAUCGAACGGUUACCGAGGUCGAAUCAGAACGGUUGCGAUUACUGCGGAGGGUUCAGAUUCGUGAUGUGCGAUGAAUGCAACGGAAGCCACAAAGUGUUCACGGAGAAGAACGGGUUCAGAAGCUGUUCCUCUUGUAACGCUAACGGCUUGAUCAGGUGCCCUGCAUGUUUCUUCGUGCUCCCGCGCCCCACACGAUAGCUACUCCCGCAGUUAGUUACAGCUCAUACACAACUCACUCAGUGAAGACAGAAAUUAAUCAUUUAUGUUGAUAAAUAAACUCAAGAGUUUUUAAUCUAUGUUACAUAUAUUUAUUAAUCAUGUAGCGUUGAGAAUCUUCCGGUUUGUCUGAAUAGGCUUAUGUUAUUAAAUUAUAUAAUAUUAUAUUAUAUGGUAUAUUAGGAGGUAGGUUUGAUUUGUUGUAAUGGCUUUUCAACAUUAAUGAUUUUCACAUGGAGCAAGCCAUGUACUGACAGCAACACUGCUCGUAUGAUCUUUGUGGGAGGUUCAAUGAGCAGGGAACAUUGUUUGAAAUUAUGUGUCUGCUAGGUGCUGCCAAAUUUGCUCCGAAUCAUCAAUGUUAUUCUCACCAUCUUCGAUUCAUUUUUUGUUCUUGCUCAUGCAAAUUAAUCAUUGGGACAGACCCUAGACAAUGUCGUAGGAGGUGGGAACCGCGUAUGUUGGACUUUGUUUAGGGCCUCGCCCAUUCACUACCUCCUUGCCUUCUUUUUUUAUUUCUGGGCCCACUUCUUUUAUAGCACAAAUUUCUUGAUUCUCAAUUCUCGUAUCCCCCAUGGUAAAGUGACCCCAUCUUGUCUCUCAAUUUUCAUUUAUUUUUUUAGCGUAUAUGAGAUGAAAUGGACUUCGAUAAGGUUUAAAUUAAAUGCUAUAUUUUA